AUGGACAACGAGCCAGUCAAUCGUCAUGCUGAAAAGACUGUCAUCGUGACAGGGGGCGCCAGCGGCAUCGGCCUUGCUGUAGUGGAGCACUUCGCUUCUCAGGGCAACAACGUGGCAAUCUUUGACGUGAACCUGGAGGUCGGCAAGCAAGUUGUAUCAAACAUUUCAGAUGAGAACCCGGAAGCCAAGGUAUUGUUUAAGAAGUGUGAUGUUUCGUCGUGGAAGAGCCAGACGGAAGCCUUCAAAGAUGUGUUCAACGAGUUCGGACGGAUCGACAUCGUGAUGGCAAAUGCUGGCAUUUCUGAGCAAGGAGCAAGCGCCAUGGCGGGCAUCGAAGAGGACGAGCCAAAAGAACCGAAUUUGAAAAUCAUGGAUGUGAAUCUUUCGGGUGUUAUUUACACUUCUAACGCCGGUUUCUACCCCUUUCCUGUAUCGCCGCUGUACGCAGCUGCCAAGGCAGGCGUGAUAGGGCUUGUCCGCUCUACAGCGCCGAUACUUGAGCGUCACAACAUCCAGAUCAAUGGAUUGGCGCCGGCAGUCCUAGUCACCAAUAUAGCACCAGACAAAGCAUUAUUCAAAGAUAUGAUCAUUACGCCAAUGUCGACGUUAAUCAAGGGAGUCAAAAAAUUUGUUGACGAUCCGACUUUAAAUGGCGAAGUAGCAGAAAUUCACGGAGAGCACGCCACACUUCGUCCACCACACGAGUAUGUUGACGAGGAUAGCAAGAAGAAUCUGGAAAGGUUUUGGAGCUUAGGUUAUGCUUGA